AUGGUCGACUACAAAGUGGAGGCAGACGGUCUGACUGAAAUAGUGAUCGGGUCAGGAUGUUUUGGGGAGGUUUAUGCAGCAACGUUAAUGGUGUCCCCUGGCCAGAGUAGAGAUGUGGUGGUUAAAGAACACUUCACAGACAAGACAACACAGGAGUCCAUCGCUAAUGAGGCAAAGAUCACGAUGUACCUUGAGUCCACAGGCUGCGUCCCUAUCUGUUAUGGACUAUUGAGUGACGAGGAAGAUGGCUACAACAUCGUGAUGGAGUAUGUUGGAACAGGACAAACACUUUAUGAUGUAAUGCGCGAGUUGGAAUUGCCAAGAUUACACUGGCUGAAUAUUGUGUGCCAGCUGGUCAGUGGACUGAAUAAAAUCCACAAGAAAGAUGUUCUCAUCAAUGACAUCAAGUCAGACAAUAUACUUGUGGACAUGUCUGGAGAACUGCCCUUGGUCAAGUUCUGUGACAUGGGAACAGCAUCUUACAAAUCAGGGGUAACCUACAGAGGGCCCAUGGAGAAUUGUGUACAUCUCGCCCCAGAGGCCUGUGCUCACGCCGAGACAACCGCUGCAUGUGAUGUAUUCAGUCUUGGCAGAGUCCUGAAGAAGAUCCAUGGCGUCUCCCACAUCUCAACCUUGUUGUCAGUUUCUGACCUGUGUAUGGCUGAGGAUCCAUCCAGUCGUCCCACUCUCGAGGCUGCAAACCAGCUGUUGCAGGGGGAGUACACCAGGGAGAUCAUGUUCCCCACACUGACCGUGCCAUCACACGGCUACCGUGACUCCAUUGAUGAGGAAUCACAGGAAGAAACUCCCGGGUCUAUACUCAGAGUUAACACACCAGUCGACACUGACCUGCCUACACCUGCAGGUCCUGGUACAGCUGAAGUUAGUGGUGCUGUCUCAGGUGACAGUAAAUCAGGAAGUUGCAGCCAAAGAAGCAUCAGGAGUGGCAGAGUCUCGCCAUCAAAUGACAAGGCCUCGGUCACAACGAUAAGUAAACAUGAAUUGGGUACAUCAUUAGCUGCUGCUGAUCCUGUUGGGAUCCAGGACAUCUAUUCCAUUUCCAUCGAUCAUGUGCCAUACAUCCAGGGCACUGGAUCAUCUCAUAGACACACCGUAUCAAGAGUGAACUUGCCAAAAUGUGCCCUUUCCUCUGCUGAGGUCACAGAAACUGCUGUUGGUUCCAAGUCUGCACAAAAACAAACUGAAACAGUGGUUAACAAUACGGAAGCUGCUAUUUCCGUGCCUGCACAAAGUGGACGUACACGUAUGGCUAACGUUGUGGAUGUUGCCACUACCAGGUCUGUACAACGUCUAAAUGGAAGUUUGGACACUUUACCACCAGAGGGAACUUGUGAACUCCCCGAUGCCUUCAGUUCGCCAAAUGGAUCGUAUGGGUUCUACGCGCCACCUGUGCCUCCAUCUUCUCCUGCAUCAUCAUGUGCAUCUUGCCACCUCCACCGGACAUCUUCGUCAAUGGAACUGUCUCUUGCUGCAGACUCACUAAAGUUUUCCGUUACCAAGGAAAGUGUCGACACUGCAUCUGGUGAACUUCAAACAUCCGCAAGUUAUACUCACGAUGCUUCAUCCGACACGUUUGUUGAUGCUGUCGAGGAUCACCCUGAUGCUGAUGCCGACCCUGAGGGUCAUCAUACUGAUGUUAAUGAGGCUGCUGUCGUUCAUGUAGACGGGAAUCCUACUUUUCCCAGCCUGGAAGCUCUCCACGUGGCGGAGUACCGCGUUCUGUGCCAGGCAGAGCUGGGGGUGUACAACGAGUACAGUGAUGACAGAUCAGUGUACAAGGAUUAUCUGCCCUUGGUCCUGCCACUGUUGUUGCUUCCCCUUGGAUUCUUUGGAUUUAUAUAG